GAAAAAGAUGUCCUCAAUCUUUUCUGUGCCACAAAGAGCUAUGUUUAAUGCAUAGUCUGGGACUGUUUCCUAAGACAGCUUCAUACCCAUGCUUGCUGAAGUUGUACGGAGCCUUCCUCAUUUCUUGAUGAGAAAAGAACUGGGACCUCUUCCUUUAAGUAAGCCUUCCUCGGAGUCUGUAGUCUCAGCCGUUCUCCAGCUGAAGGAUUUUCUCCAUUCUAGAACUUGGGCCUUCCAGGGCUAAAGCGUUUCAUCCAGCUAGUUUUUAUUGCUGUCUCGCUCUUCUACGAGAAAGAAUUUUAGAAAAAUCUUUGCCUCCAAGCAAAGAGACACCCCUUUCUUCUUGCCUGCCGCAUCUGAAAGUAAAGAUUCUUACAAACUACAUGUGCAGGACUCGUAAGAGGCACAGCUUGCUGGAGACGGAACCACUGCAAGGAAGAGAUGAGGAUGCAAUAGCCAGUGCUGACUUCUCUAGCAUGCUCUCUGAGGAGGAAAAGGAAGAGUUAAAGGCAGAAUUAGUUCAGCUAGAAGACGAAAUCACAACAUUGCGACAAGUUUUGUCAGCAAAAGAAAGACAUCUGGUUGAGAUCAAACAGAAACUUGGCAUGAACCUGAUGAACGAGUUAAAGCAAAACUUCAGCCGAAGCUGGCACGACAUGCAGACCACAACUGCGUAUAAGAAAACACACGAGACCUUGAGCCAUGCAGGGCAGAAGGCCACAGCAGCUUUCAGUAAUGUGGGAACCGCCAUCAGCAAGAAGUUUGGAGAUAUGAGGUCUCACUCUAUUGGGUACUCCAUUCGCCAUUCCAUAAGUAUGCCUGCCAUGAGGAAUUCUCCUACUUUCAAAUCAUUUGAGGAGAGGGUUGAGACAACUGUCACAAGCCUCAAGACGAAAGUAGGCGGGACAAACCACAGUGGAGGCAGUUUUGAGGAGGUCCUGAACUCCACGGCUCACGCCAGUUCCCAGAAUGCUUCAGGAGGCCCGCGGCAGACCCCGGAUGGGGAGCUCCAGUGCUAGGUCCAGCCAGCCUGGGCUGCAGGCGGCAGAUCUGCUUGCUCAUCUCCUGAUUCGAAGACCAAAAUCCCACUGGGAAACCAAGUUUUGAUAUUGUUAUUUAAACGGCCUCUCCCAAAAGUUUAAUAAAGUGAUUUCCAUUGGCAUUUGUGUUGAUGAUGGACCACUUGACCAUCACACCGCAGUAUUCACAAGUGUCGUCAUUUAAAAUGGCCAACUGGAGUAGGUUCAUAAUUGGUCAUAAUCCUUGUCUCUGGAACUCAAUGUGUAUUUCCCAAACAUGCAGCUACGAUUCUUAGCUUUGGUUUUUGCUUGGUCUCCAUAACAAUGUGCAUGUCUUUGAGGACUGAGUUGUGUGCCAUCAGUCUGAAGAUCAAGAGGUGGCACACUUUGAGACUGUCUCCCGCAGUAAGCCAAGCCACUACAAAUGUCUCCAAACUGCUUGUGAUCUCUCUCACCUACAUCAACUAUGUACAUUUAUUUAAGUCAUUAAAAUA